CCAGUGUUUUGGCACUGGAACAUUCUGUUUAUGUUAAUAUGAGAUUGAAAGAUGUUUGUUCGUGUGCUGAAGACUAUCGAAAGAGAUUGCCUGUUUUCUUAUCAUUUUUGCUCUGAUCCCAGGUAUCUAUGGUUAAACAUUUAGAGCGAGAUAUAUCUUGUCACUACAAAUCGUGGUUCCAUGGUGACGAAGUUGGUAAUAUCAAAGAGCAACGAAUUGCUAAGCACGUAUUGUAAUCCAGAUUGAAGGAAUGUUUAGAUGAUAUUUUUCUUUUCUUUUUGGUCGUGAGAAUUUGUUGCAAGCGCAUAACCUUCUUGCUUACUCUUAGCCAUAGCGAUAGCAUCUUUUACAAAGGAUUUUUAUUUCUGAACUCGUUUUGCUUCAUCGGUGUUGCAAUGAAUACAUGUUUUGGUCUACUUCAUUCUUCAAAUUGUUUAUUAUCUUCGUAUGAUCAUGAUCAUGAUCGGAGGUUGGCUUGUUGCUAAGGAAAAGUUUGUUAAAGAGUGCAUGUGUUUUUUUACAUGGUUUUGCUAUAUAGUAUGGGCCAUGGCAGAUAUUGCUAGAAAUUAAUUCGAAUUGAGUCUUGGUCAUCAGCUCCGACCCUAACCAUUACAGAUUUUAUUUACAAUUAACUAAAAGUCUUUGCUUAGUAGAUUUCAUCAUGGAUUUGGUACAUUAAAAUCAACUAUCAUGGAUACACUAUCAUGGUUUUCAUCAUGGAUUUUGUGCACAAAAUUCAACCCUCAUGGACUUGGAACAAAAUUCAUUGUUUGCUUCAAAGUUUUAUGAGAGAUAAAUCUGUGAGGCCCACACAUUUUGAUGGUCCAAAUUCGUGGACCUCGUGGACUUGCAAAUUCCAUCCUAAGGAUUGGGAUUUUGGUUAGAAUUAGGAAUGACAAUCAAACCCUUGGUCACGGGUAUCCGACCUGUCAACGCGGGGAAUCCCUGCAUUGAUUGAGUAUGGGUAAAACCCUCAAAAAGGUUGACAUGUAUGAGGCGGGUAUGGUUUUAGCCUCCACUGCCCCAUACCAAUACCCAUAUCCGACUCAUCAAGAAUAUUUCUUCACAUAUAAUAAAUACAUAGAUCAAAUUGUAACCUAUCAAUGACAAUGAAGGUAACUCAAGAAAAUAAAGAAUGUAAAUGCAAUUAAGUGGUUAUCCAUAUCAAAACAUUAUUCCUUUUCUUCAAUACUCAUUUCAUCCUUUCACUUUUUUCUCUUGUUAGCAAGAUAAUUAUAUUAAUUAAUUAUUACUUAGUACAUGUAUGAGAGUUAGAGAAUAAUGAUUUGAAAAAUAUCAUACUCUAUCCACGGGUUUCUUUGUUGACUUCAUGAUAUAUUAGGUUCAUUAGUGUUAUAAUUGAAAAUUUAAAUGUGAAGUCUUAGGUAUAAUGAUGUUGAAUGUACAGGACGAGUAUCCACGGGUACCCAAAAUCCACGGAUAUGGCAUGGGGAUGGGUUUGCAAAACCUUCCCCGCAUGGGUAUGAGGCGAAUAUGAGUUUUGAUAUUUAUAGACGGGGUGGAGAUUGUUUAUGCAAACCCGCCUCAAACCCACCCCAUUGUCAUCCCUAGUGAGGAUGGAAAGUCCAUGAUGAGACUUUACUCUUUUAUCCAUCAUUUUAUUAAUGACAAAUUUGUCCUCUUUAUUUUUGCUAACCCUAGACUAGUGAUAACGAGGGACGAGGAAAGGAGUGGAAAAACAUGAAGGAAAAACACACGAAGAAGAUGGUGGAAUGUGCUUGGACUUAACAAACAUUAUUUUGCUAGGAAAAGGAAGACGAGAACCCUAUUAAGCAGGUUGAUCAUGUAAUAAGGAAGAUUAGUUUAUAUUCAAUAUUUCAAAAUUUUUAUUGAUUUCAUGUUUGUUUGCAUAUAUGAUUCCUUUGAGGUCUUGAAAUCUUGGAGAGCUACGAAUGAAUUUCUAAAUUUUUUUGUUUAUAUGAAAAUAAUAACAUCCUUCAUUUUUCUAAUCCAUGAAGCAAAUUUAGUAGGGCCAAAACCACAGACUUGGAAAAUUCCAUCUCAAAGGGUGGAAUUUGUGUGGGGUAUCAAGUCCAUGAUGGUUAUUUACUGUUUUAUCCUUAUUUUGUUUUGUUUCUAAAAAAAAUAAGGGAUAGUAAGGGUAGAUAGAUAAAUUCAUAAUAUAACAUCCAUCUUGAAAUCCGUCAAGCAUACAAUGGUUUUAUCUGAAAACCAACUUGACCAUUUCCAUAAUAAAUCCUUGGUUUUAUAAAAACCAAGUUUUGAUUGAAACCUUCAUUUAUCAAAUCCAUAAAGCAAACGAGUAAGGUGAACAAAGAAAACACAAAGAGAUUGAAACCAUCCAAAUCUGCUAACUUCUAAAGCGAUUGAAAAACACAAUCAAUCAUAAUUAAAGGCAAUAGCUACUAGCUAACCUCUUAAUCUGUUACCCCUAUCGGUGAACAAAAACACUCGCAAACUGACCCGCCCAACCCAACACACCCGUAUGUAUCGCUAAUAUUAAGUUUAAGGUUGAGUGAGCGUCUUAUUUUGUACAACCAGCCUCUUUGGAGUUGGGUGCGAAUUUUGGGUUACACAACCCGUAGAACUCUACCCAACCCGUGUUUCAACUGUUUUCAUAACUGUUCGUCCAAAACAUAUUUGUGACGUAUAUAAACAUGUUUAAGAGAAACUUGAGAUAUUUGUCAUAAUUUUUUAUCGUGGUCUCUCAUCUUCCUAACCUAAUACAUUAUUCGACUUAAAAUUUAGACGUGAUUUAAUAUAGGCUAUGCUUCACUUAAUAUUUUUGGUACAAUUUUAGAAGAAUAACAUACUAUAGAUGUGUUAGCUUAUAACCUUUUUAACUUCUUUCGACAAAUGUUUGUGGAAAAAACUAGACAUAUUUUGCAUCAAAUUGUAUUUCUUUAAAAUCAAAAUAACAUCCAUGCAUUUUGAUACUUUUCACCUCAAUUUAUUUGUUUUUAAUUUUAUUUAGUUACAUUAUAUUUUUGUGGUGUAAGUAACAUAGUUGCAUUUUUUUGUCGGGUUGUAGUUUUACUUAAAAGCAUCGUCCAUAGUGAUUGUCACGGUGACAAUCACUAUGUGAUUUGCAUCAUAUCGUGACAAAAUGUAGGUUUGAAUCGAUCUGAUUGGCGGCGAAUGGAUCUAAUGAUUUUAGCAGGCUUGAGAGGAAGGCGGGCUGAUGGCGAAGCAGAUAAGGCCUGCGAGGGCCGGGGGAACGAGGCGAGACUGAGUGUCAAUAGACAGAACUUCGCUUGGCUGCCGGAAGAAGCUGCUCGGAGUUUGAGGUUGCCGGAGAAAGAGGGUGAAGAGGAUGGGGAUGAGAUGGGAAGAAGAAAGGGUUCGCUAAAUUGGAUGAGUUUGAGAUCACCAUCAACAAUUGAUUUGAUGAUGCAGAUUGGAGAAGAACGCCGAUAUGAACAGAGAUGGAGUGAGGUCGCCACCCUCCUGCACUCGCCGUCGUCGAAGAUCUUAGCAGCUGCUAGCAGGAGAAAAAAAGGAGAAAUGGAGAAGUCGACGACGACGACGCCUGGAGAAAAAAGGAAGAAAGAAGGUUGCUGGUCGUAGAGAGGAAGAUGAAGAAAGCAACCGAUUAGGGGUAAGGUUUUGAAAAAAUGAAACAAAAAUGAGGGAUUUGAAAAUAGUUGAUGGUAAUCAGCUAUUUUAAAAACUCUCAUUUGAGGGUUUUCAAAAUUCCUAAUUAAUUGUAAAAACCUUCAUACUUACCAAACGCAGAAAUGUAUAAAAUUCUGCAUAAUGA